AUGAAAUUGUUGUCGACCGUGUUAAUAGUGAUUCUCGUUAAAGUGCUUGAUGUUGCGGCGCUGCACAGAAAUCCAUUUGAUGUGAUCAGAGGCUGUAAGCAAUAUGACCGGGUAGCAUCGUACGACGAAGCGCUUGUUUACUUUCCGGUGGCUAGUCUACUCCAUGCUGGUGUAAGUGAAAAGUCGCAGUCCUUUAAGAUCGCUAUUUUAGGUCCGGACAAUGGAAUUGUUCGAUUCGGGGAAUCCUUGUUUCCGUAUGAUAAGGACGUGAUAGAGAUUGUGCUCGGUGGUUGGGAAAAUACAAAAAGUGUGGCACGAAAGCAGCAUCGUACAGCAUCGAAUGAAACAACCAACAUCCAGCUGGCUGAAGCUCACACACCGAAUUUGAUGUCUCCUUAUCGGCCUGUGAUGUUUGUGCUGGAAGUGUUCCGCAACGGUACGGUUGAAGUGAGAAUCGAUGGACAAGAUCAUCCUUUCCUGUCGUUCUAUGCUGGUUAUCGUACUCAAGUGAAUUACAUGGCGUUUACCAAGUGGCGCAAUGAGUUGGUUUACUUCUACGAUUGUCCACUGGAUAAUCCGAACGCUGGGUAUGGAACCGUGCUUUUAAAUUGUACUCUUGUCUUAUAA